AUGGCAGGAAUUAAAAAGGAAGAGCCAGGCUGUGCAAGGAAAGAGCUGCUGUUUAUCCCCGAGCAUCUAGAUAACCGGCGGUCACGAGGAAUGAAAGGCAGAGAGAGUUCACGGGGUGCAUUCUCUGAAGUUGUUCUGGCUGAAGAGAGAGCAAGUGGGAAGCUAUUUGCAGUCAAGUGCAUUCCCAAGAAGGCACUGAAGGGAAAGGAGAGCAGCAUAGAGAAUGAAAUUGCAGUCCUGAGAAAGAUCAAGCAUGAAAACAUAGUUGCACUGGAAGACAUAUAUGAGAGUCCGAACCAUUUGUAUCUGGUCAUGCAAUUGGUGUCCGGGGGAGAGCUUUUCGACCGCAUUGUCGAGAAGGGCUUCUACACGGAGAAGGACGCGAGCACCCUGAUACGCCAGGUGCUGGACGCCGUCUACUACCUGCACAGGAUGGGCAUCGUGCACAGGGACCUCAAGCCUGAGAAUCUGCUUUACUAUAGCCAGGAUGAGGAAUCAAAAAUCAUGAUCAGUGAUUUUGGGCUGUCAAAGAUGGAGGGUAAAGGAGACGUCAUGUCCACAGCCUGCGGGACUCCUGGAUAUGUUGCCCCUGAAGUGCUGGCGCAGAAACCCUACAGCAAAGCAGUGGACUGCUGGUCCAUCGGGGUUAUCGCAUACAUCUUGCUCUGUGGAUAUCCCCCCUUCUAUGACGAAAAUGACUCCAAACUCUUCGAGCAGAUCCUUAAGGCAGAGUAUGAGUUUGACUCUCCAUAUUGGGAUGACAUCUCUGAGUCUGCUAAAGACUUUAUUCGGAAUUUGAUGGAGAAAGACCCUAAUAAAAGAUAUACCUGUGAGCAAGCAGCAAGACACCCUUGGAUUGCUGGUGAUACAGCACUCAACAAAAACAUCCACGAGUCUGUGAGCGCUCAGAUCCGAAAGAACUUUGCAAAAAGCAAAUGGAGACAAGCGUUCAACGCCACGGCGGUCGUGAGGCACAUGAGGCGGUUGCACCUCGGCAGCAGCCUGGACGGCGCGAGCGCCGGCGUCUCGAGCACCCUCAGCCUGGCCGCGCCGCUUCCCGACGGAGCCACCCGCAAGGACCGUAUGUCUCCAUCCACUCUGUGUAGUUUUGUUUCAUCCGCUUCUUCGGGCGUUUCUGCAGUAGGAGGGGACCGGAGACCCAGACCCACCACAGUGACAACAGUGCACACAGGGAGCAAGUGACGGGCGCAGGCGGGAGCAGCGUUCCCGGCGUCGGCGCCGGCGGGUUUCUCGGAGCGAUCCCACCCUGCAUCGCGCGCUCAGCGAAGGACUAGAAGAAAGAAGAUUUUUUAUGGCCAUAUUUUAUACUGCAAUUCUGAAAUGUUUCAUUUAUCACAAACUGCAAUGACUCCGGGGGAAUGGAUCUCACAGUCUCUGGUGCUGUACAUAUAUAUACAUAUAUAUAAAUAUAUAUAUAUAUAUGUGAGUCUAGCAAUGAUCUAACUAAUGAACACUCAUUCUUUUCCCCAGCGAUUUACUCUUUUCUCAGUGUAGGUAACAGUAUAUGUUGUAUUUUUUUUUCCAUUAACUACGAACAUCUCAACUGGAUUAUUUAAAUAGAGAUACUUUUCUGAGCAUUAUAUAUAUAUAUUUUUUUCUUUUAAAAAGUACUUCCAGUAAUGUUCCUCCUUCCAGUUUGCUGGGGGAUAGGCUAUUUCUGUAAGUAGGAAUAUACAUUAACUUUGCAACACAGGAGGAUUGCAAUGGCAUGCCAUUUUUAAUGCCUCAAAUUGGACUGCGAAUCUGUCUGGCUUUAGCAGAGCUGAUACUGCUCAGAUUAAGAAAAACUGCUGCUUUCCCUCCCCUCCUCCUCCUUGAAAGCCAUGGCGAGAGUGAAAUUGCC